AUGGUUAUCGCAAUCGCAGGCAUGGGGCCGGUGGGGAGGACGAUUGUCGACACGCUUUUAGAAACACCCGAGUAUCAGAAACAAGUCGCUGUUCUCACCCGUAAAAAGGAGGCCUCCAGCCUUCCAGACCAGGUUGAGCAGAUUGAGGUAGAUUACAAUGACGUUUCUUCCCUUGCCGCUUCACUCGAGAAACACAAUAUAGAUACCGUAAUCUGCACAAUCGGCAUGGUCACCCCCGAGGCAGGCCAGUCUCAAGUGAACCUCAUACAGGCUGCAGAAAAAUCUUCUGUAACCAAAAGAUUCAUUCCCAGCGAGUAUUCAUUCGUUCAAUCAGAAGAGAUCCUUCAUAUUACUCCUGGAGUACAGCUGUACAUCGACGCAAUCAACGCACUCAAAGAGACCAAGUUAAAAUACACCCGAAUCCUCCCAGGCUACUUUAUGGAUUAUUGGGGUAUGCCAAAUACCCGCACUCAUUUGAAGCCACUCGCUUAUGGGGUUGAUAUCCCCAGCGGCCGAGCUUUGAUCCCCGGUGAUGGCAAUAACGUUAUCACCCUCACCCAUUCGUACGAUAUGGCCAAGUUCAUUGUAAAGCUACUCGGUGCCGAGGAGUGGCCGGAGCUUGCGUAUAUGGGAGGAGACGACCUCACUUUCAAUGAAUUGUUAAGCCUGGCAGAAGAGAUUCGCGGCACCAAAUUUGAAGUUUCUUAUGACAGCCUGGAGAAGGUAAAGAAGAACGAAUCCACCCCCCUCCCGCAAUCGGACAAAGUUGUAUACCCUCCAGAAAUAAUUAGCUGGAUUGUUUCCUAUAUGAGCCAAGUUGUUGUUAUAGACGGCUUCAGUUUGCCAAAGGAGAACCGCGUCAACAACAUGUUCCCAGAUGUUAAGCCGGUCGCUAUGAGGGAGUUCCUAGCAAAGGCCUGGAAAGCUUGA